GCCAAGCUCUCCUCCAUUCACAACUUCUAUCACUUCUCUCCUCCAUUCACAACUUCCAUCACUUGACUGAGCUGUCCAUCCAGACUCUAAAAGAAACUGAAGAAGCAGUAUCCAUGACCAACACGAUGACAUCAACGGUCCUCAUCAGCUUCCUGGCCUGUCUGCUCCUGGUCAAUGUUGAAGGCCAGGUGGGUCAUUCUAAAGCUUGGUGCCUGUGUCUGAAUGGACUGGUGAACCGUGUUAAACCUCUUCACAUUGAGAAGCUCGAGGUGUACACUUCCAGCCACUCCUGCAGGAACAUGGAGAUCAUUGUCACUCUGAAGAACGGAGAAGGGAAGAAGUGUCUGAAUCCAGAAGCUCCAUUUGCCAAGAAAACCAUUGAGAAAAUAAUGAAAAACCGAAGGAGUGUGCAGUAAAAUGAAUGACACCAGUUCAGGUGAGAACUCGAUAGAGAGAGAGAGCUGGAGGAAUGCAAAGAAGACUGCCUAAAGACUGCCUGAAGACUGCCUGAAGACAGCCUAAAGACUGCCUGAAGACUGCCUGAAGACAGCCUAAAGACUGCCUGAAGACUGCCUAAAGACUGCCUGAAGACAGCCUGAAGACUGCCUGAAGACCGCCUGAAGACCGCCUGAAGACAGCCUAAAGACUGCCUGAAGACUGCCUGAAGACUACCCGAAGACUGCCUGAAGACAGCCUGAAGACUUCCUGAAGACUGCCUGAAGACUACCUGAAGACUGCCUGAAGACUCCCUGAAGACUGCCUGAAGACAGCCUAAAGACUGCCUGAAGACUGCCUGAAGACAGCCUAAAGACUGCCUGAAGACUGCCUAAAGACUGCCUGAAGACAGCCUGAAGACUGCCUGAAGACAGCCUAAAGACUGCCUGAAGACAGCCUGAAGACAGCCUGAAGACAGCCUAAAGACUGCCUGAAGACUGCCUGAAGACUGCCUAAAUAUAAGUUUACACUGUUGAAUGGUACUUAGAAAGUUGUUUUUUAACUGUACAAAGUCAGUAUCUGUUACACAAUAUGACUUACUAGUUGAGUGACAUUUCUAGCAUUUCCAAUGGAAAAAAUAAAAAGCAUGUAAAUAUGUAAAUAUACUUUUUUAUUAUGUAAUGUCAAGAAUAUAUGUAUGUAUUUCUCAGGUUUUCUAUCAAAUUAAUAAAGAAGCAUUUGACUCUA